UUUUAUCAAUUCAAUGAAAAAGACAAGCGAACCGACACUUAAGAAGUGCCACCCCCGAAUCAUAUAUAUUCAGUUAACUGCCGGCAUUUGAGCACGUUAGAGCCAGUUAGAGGAACGCUACGGUUGGCUCAAAUCAGAAUCCAAAUCAAAAUCAAAAUAAUUCCCGCUCUCGUCAUUCGAAUUCGCAUUCGCUCGGAGACUCCCACAACAAUCCAACCAACCAUACCAACAAAAAUCUGCGAGCUCGAAAUGUCGCUGCAACGCGUUCAUCAGCUGCUCCUUUAUGCGAUCUGCCUGAUGGCGGUGAUUGUGUUUUGUGCACCGGCGGGAAGCGAGUCGCGUCGUGUCAUCUUUUUGGCACCCAAUGGCAUACACCGCGGACAGAUCUUGGCCACGCAUGGCAUGGAGAAGCCUUGCCCCCAGUGUCACAUGCACGAUCAUCGCGGCAAUUGUCGCCGCAUCAUUUCGUACAAUGCAGAUGGCGUGCGCUGCUGAGGUGGGACAGGAGAAGUGCCAGUGAAAGCGCCAA